AUGGCCUCAACCGCCGCGAGCGCUCUUGUCCAGGAGGAUACCACCGGUUUGGUGGAACCGCCGGCGCCUAUUAGCCUGGAGACCCUGCCCGACUUCCUGGCAACUUUAUACAACCUGCCGCCUACUGAUGGCAUCCGAGAGAGAGCGUACCUCCGCGCUGUCAUAGACUUCGCUCGACUCCACAAAGAUCUCGUCCUCGCGCGCAUCGCAGAGGUAUCUCGGCCGUCGCGCCGGGCCCUCCGCGUCCUGCACACUUUAUUGACCGAAGUUCCUGGUCCAUGGCCAACACUGGCUCUUCUUCGUUGCCAUGCCCGACUGUCCAAGUCGGUCCUCGAGACGACGGAGGUAGGGCAUCACAACCAAUCUGAAGUAUCGGCCAGCGCGACGGCCUCCCUGGUGAAGAGCUUGUGCGGUCCCUUGACCGACCUCAUACGCCGCACUGCUUCCCCUGCUCUGCGGACACCAAGCAGCGACAGCUCCAUCUCACACACGGAGCUGCGCGAAUUUGCAACCAACUUCCGCUUACCAGUUUUGCCGACCGCUCGCAAGCCAGUCGUGGCCGUUGCCCUCCCGAACGGACCCUUGUUGGCCGCAACGUGCAUUGCGGUGGCGACUUGGUACACGGCGGCACCGGUCAAUCCCGCAGCUGGCCCGGUUCAGUUCCAGAGGGACAUUGUGCAAAUCGGCGCCAAGUUCAUACUGACCACGGCGAGCCUCUACGAAAGUCUUGAACUGGAUAGCCUGCAGGUCGAACCUUUGGAAGUGCAGAUCCUUUGUAUGCAAUGGGAUGGCGGCGGCAGAAUCAAGCUUGUUACUCCAUCUGGAGAUGCGGUUCCCCCGGGGAAUAGCAAGCCGCGUCCGAACCAGGCAGACGAUGUAUCCCUAGUGCUGUUCACGAGUGGUACAACUGGCACCAGGAAGGUCGUCCCGGUGACCUUUCAUUCACUCAUAGCCGGCGUGGUCCUUGUUGUGGAUUCAUGGGGCCUGAGCUCCGAGGACAUCUGCGUCAACAUGAUGCCGCUCUACCACGUUGGCGGCUUGACAAGGAACGUUCUUGCUCCGGUACUGGCCGGGGGGUCAACGGUCUGCUGUCCAGCGUUCGAACCGACCCUCUUCUGGGAUGUGGUCGAGCACGUCCGGCCCACAUGGUACUAUGCUUCACCAUCGAUGCAUGCAAUCGUCCUUUCUUACGCCAAAGAGCGCUCGAUGUCGUUGAAGAAGAGUCGGGUAAGGCUUGUUUGCAAUGCGGCAGGCAACCUCUCGCCAUCUCUGGCGCGCCGGCUACGUGAUACGUUCGACUGCGCCGUGCUCCCGAGCUACGGGAUGACCGAGUGCAUGCCCAUAUCGACGCCGCCGUUGGACUACCGUCUAGACCGUGACGGGACGUCUGGCGUCAGCAUCGGUCCGGAGCUCAAGAUUCUGGAUCCGUUGGAUGCUCCCGUCCCUGCAGGGACAGUCGGCCGAAUAUGCGUGCGAGGUACACCCGUGUUCCCUGGCUAUCUUCUUCCGGACGGUUCGCUCGACAAAACCUCAUUCACUGCAGAGGGGUGGUUCGACACUGGCGAUAGGGGCCAUGUGGACGGCGGAGGCUACCUCUUUAUCACUGGCAGAAGCAAAGAGGUCAUCAACCGCGGUGGCGAGCUGAUAUCCCCGUUCGAAGUCGAGGACGCCAUCAUGGCGGCUGCCGCAUCGACUGGCUCUGCCAUCAGUGGGCGUAUAACCCAGGCCCUCGCGUUCCCUGCCGCUCAUGACGUUUUGCAGGAGGUGGUCGCCGUGGUGUUGGUCACACCUACUGGCACUCCUCGAGUCGACCUCAGGGGUCUGCAACUGGCAUUGCGAUCGUCGCUUCAGCAAGCCAAGUGGCCGACGCUAAUUGUCUAUAUGGACGAUGUGCCGAGGAUAAACAACAAACCGUUGCGAAUCCAGAUGUGGGAGCGUCUGGGGCUGCCCACCGUCAGAGAGGACAUGGACUAUUUGCGGCGGCAUUGGCAGGCUUCAUGCCCAUCCGCCGACACCCCGACAUGCGUAUCCAUCGGUGCGUCCCCGGUUUCGCUUGAUGCCAGCUUGGUAUCAGCGGCUCUCGACGCUCUGGUCCCCGCCGGCUUCAGCCAUCACUGCAGGGAGCAUGAGAUGGGCAACGGCCUCGACAUCUUUGUGGCGCCAGCACUUGAUGGAGCCGGUGAUGCGCCUGAUACGGCCACGAUCAAGUUGCGACAGCAAUUAAGUGAUUGCCUUCACAACUACAUGCUUCCCGAGCGGAUCCACGUGAUUCCGCAGCCACUGCCCAGGAACGCUCAGGGACAGGUCGACGAGGUCAAGCUGCGACGGAUUCUGAGCGAUGUGCUUGGCCAGUCCCUGGGGACGCUGGACGUGUCAACCGAGGGUAAGGUCGCCAAGAUAUUUGCUGACCUCCUGACUCUAGCCCCGCGCAGCAUCCCGCCGGAUGUCGACUUCUUCGUGCUCGGUGGCGACUCCCUGCGGGCGGGCCGCCUCAUCUCGGCACUGCGAUCCUCGUUCAAGGUGCAAGUGCCCGUCACUCUCGUCUUCAACCACGGAACAGUGCGGGACAUCUCCGCGUACCUCGACAAGGAGGCACAUAGGUCAUCGAUGGAUGCCGAUCCGAAGGAGGCGGUCAACCGUUGCGCCACCGUGCAUAGUUCCACGAGCCCGUGGCUCAUGGCACUUCAACUCACGCCCCUGGGCGUCGUGUACCCGAUGCGACGCGCCUUCCAGUGGACAGUGUUCAUCACGGCCCUCAGCCUCACGCAGAAGUGGUCGCUCAACGACUCGGUCGUCGGCCGGCUGGUGGCCUUGACCAUGUGCAUAUUGUGUUCGCGCAUCAUCACGCGAAUUCUGGCGCCAUUGGUAGGCAUUGCGACCAAGUGGCUGAUCAUCGGCCGCUACCGCGAGGGCCUGUAUCCCAUGUGGGGGGGGUAUCACACUCGAUGGUGGAUGGUGGACAAGAUCGUGGCCGUCUGCGGCGAGGGCUUCUUCGGGACCAAUGACGUGACCAGGCGGAUCUACUGUCGUCUCAUGGGCGCAAGGAUCGGGGCCAAUGUCAAGCUGGCGAGCGCAGCCCUCGGCGAAUGGGACCUGCUGGACAUCCGCGACGGUGCAGAGCUAUCCCAGUGCCUGUGCCGGCCCUUCGCAGUCGAGGCCAACACGUCCAUGUACCUGGGCGCCAUUGUCCUCGGCGAGAACAGCACCGUCGGGGUCUCGUCCAUCGUGGCGCCCGGGACCGCAAUCCCGCCCAACACGUGCAUCGGGCCAAACUCGUCGAGCUGGGAGUUGGCCGAUGCCGACGAGGCGAACCGAGACCUGACCCCAGACCGUGCCCCCCGGCCGCACUGGGUGCUGGUGGCCUUGUUGACGACGCCUCUGCGCUUGCUGGCAUGGUUGCUGUCCCUUCUGCCUUGGGCCGCCGGCCUCGUAGGCAUGGUGCUCGAGGAGCCCCGAGACAACGACACACCCUUGCGGAACAUCCUGGACUGGUUCACGGCUGCCGAGAGGGUCGGCUACCAUUUCCUGGCCCUGCUUCUCAGGACGUUCCUCAGCCCCUUCCUCGUCUUUGGCUUCGUUGUCCUCAUCAGGGUCGCCCUCGACGCGUGCUUGGGCAAGCUUGGCCCUGGCCCAGCCGGCGGCCGCGGGGCCGUCGCGACGUGGCGCGCCGCGGCCAUGAAAACGCUCAUGCCCGUCUCGCGGCUCCGCGGUAUGACGACGCUAUUCGGGCAGCACUACGAAGCAACGUCCGUCGCGCUGCGCUUGCUGGGGAGCAGGGUCGGCGAGCGCGUGUACUGGCCCGGCACAGGCCCGGAGAUUGGCGACUAUCAUCUGCUCAAUGUAGGCAGCGAUGUUGUCUUUGGUUCCCGAACCCGCAUCAUAACAUCGGACGGUUUGGGGUCUGAGCCCGUCACAAUCGCCGACGGCGCAAUGGUGGCAGAUCGCGUCUGUCUGCUGCCAGGCGUCCAUGUUGGGGAGCAGACGACCAUGGGCUCCGGGUCUCUUACCAGGAGGGGGCGGAGGUACGAGGCUGGCGGCACAUUCGUCGGCUCCAAGGGUGGCGAUGCCGUCUGCCUCUCGAGCUCACCAAGACACAGGCUCCGGAGGCGCGUCCGUCGCAGGAGCAGCGAGGACACGCUCGCCGAGCCGCCCGCGCGAACUCGCAGGGUACACGACAGGAGCAGCGACGAAACGCUGACCGGGUCAUGCGAGCCGUCGUCGAUCUCACCCCAGCAGACCGAAGCGGACGGCCGAGUGCCGUCCGCGGCUGGCGCGUACGCGUCUCCAUUCGGCCGCGCCUUUUAUCUCGGGCUGGCUCCUUACCGCGUCCUUGGGCCCUUGCUCAUCUUUUGCUACUCGGCUGUCAUCGCCGGCUUCACCGUCUCGUACUGGAACGCCCCCAGCAUCGCCUCCAUCCAAGCCGUGGAUCGCAUCAUGAAUCGGCUCGUAUCGCGCGACAAAAACCUCCUCGCCGAGCUGGUCGUCAUGUACAGCAUCAUGGUGGCAGCCAUGGCCGUCUUCACAAUGCUGCAAGCCUUGUUGGCGCUGGCCGUCGUCGUUGCCGCCAAGUGGUUGCUGGUCGGCCAGCGCCUUCCAGGCAAUUAUGACUGGGACAAGUCCUCCUAUUGCCAGAGAUGGCAACUAUUCCUUGCCAUUGAGGGCCUUCGCCGCGCGUGCUGCCGGGGACACGGCGUCCUUGGUCUUCUCACUGGGACUCACUGGAUCGUUCUCUAUUUCCGGGCCAUGGGCGCUAAGAUUGGCAAGGAUUGUGCUCUGUUUGCCAACGGUCGGCCAAGUCUCAUGUUCACCGAGCCGGACUUGGUCACUUUGGGAGAUCGUGUGGCCGUGGAUGAUGCUAGCAUCGUUGCUCAUAUUAACACUCGCGGCACCUUUGACCUGAACAGGCUCGACGUCGGCAGCCGCUGCGUUCUGCGGUCGGGUAGCAGGCUGUUAAGUGGUGCCAUAAUGAGGCCGGAUAGUUGCUUAUAG